AUGACAGCGGAAAUAAACAGUAAUCACGUUGCAACCCGGAAGGAUUGACUUUUUCUGAUUAAGGAUUGACAGAAAUGAUCAAUUUAUUUCGCUGGGAAACGAUAAAAUGCGACGAAGCUAACAUCGUACAGAUAUCUGUAGUCAUACUUGUGUUUUAGUGUUUGGUAUUAGUGGCUGAGAGAGUCGAGUGUUGGCAGCGACGCCCUAAUGCCAGGCUCCGCGUCGGAGAAAAAUCGCCUGAUUGUGUUUACAUUUUAUUUCCGUUAGCUAAUCGGGCAGUUUUUAGACGAGGAAAACAUGGCUGAACUGCACGUCGUGGAGCCGAGCGUCACCAUAGAGCAGUCAGAGCACCGUGAUGUUCGGGGAUCCGUGCGUCUGGCUUCGCCCACUCUCUUGGUUCCGCCGCGGAGCAGCGGAUCCGGUCCCGGUGUGCCGGGCAGCAGCACCGGCCGAUCUGUGUUCGGCUUCACGGCUAAAAGCAGCCCCAGCUCCCCGUCCGAACCGGCCGACAAGCCGGGAUCCCGCUGGGUUCGCCUUAACGUCGGGGGGACGUACUUCAUCACAACAAAACAAACCUUGUGUAGGGACCCCAAGUCUUUCCUGUACCGGUUGUGUCAAGAAGAUCCGGAUUUGGACUCUGACAAAGAUGAGACGGGAGCGUACCUGAUUGACAGGGACCCCACAUACUUUGGCCCCGUCCUGAAUUACCUUCGACAUGGAAAGCUGAUCAUGGAUAAAAAUUUGGCUGAGGAAGGUGUUCUUGAGGAGGCUGAGUUCUACAACAUUGCUUCACUGGUGAGGCUCGUUAAGGAGAGGAUACGGGACAAUGAGAAUCGGACAUCUCAGGGCCCUGUGAAGCAUGUGUAUCGAGUACUACAGUGCCAAGAGGAGGAACUCACACAGAUGGUAUCAACCAUGUCGGACGGAUGGAAGUUUGAGCAGCUUAUAAGCAUUGGCUCCUCAUAUAACUACGGGAAUGAAGAUCAGGCAGAGUUUUUAUGUGUUGUUUCCCGUGAACUCAACAACUCCACCAACGGCAUUGUCAUAGAGCCCACUGAGAAGGCCAAGAUCCUUCAAGAGCGAGGCUCAAGGAUGUGAAGGGACCCAGAUGAGUUAAAUAUCACUGCAACCAACAAAAGCAAAACAAGGAAGGAAGAAAGGCAAAAAAAAAAAAAAAACACCUCCAACAGCUUCUUCAGUUGUACCCAUGAGUUUAUCUACCUUCCUACCACCACUGCUGCCAUCACCCCCUUCCCCAAUGGAUCUUUCCACUGUAGGGGCUCUGCAGUGCCCCGAUUUGAAUUCUCACUUUUCUCCUCCAUCACAAGCUGCAGAGCAUGUUAGCAGCAGGUCAAAAAAAAAGAGAGAGUGAGCCAUUGGUGGAUUAUGUCGCAACAGUUCAGGCUACACUGUCAGUUGUAGCCCUGUGUUAGCUGUCAUUGGAUGGAUGCCCAGCACAGCGCUCCUAUCACUCAACAUCAUCAUCGCCACACCGUUGCCUGACAGGGUACUGCCUCUCUCGCACACAUUCAGCAGAGGCGACUGAGCAGACAGCUGCUUCAGACAUUCAGAACACAUCAGCUGAAUCCAGUAUGAGGUGGACCAUCAGCCCCUCCACCGUCCACACCUUCGAGGUGAUGUGGAACACUUAUAGGCGCUGCCCAUUGUCCAGUCUUUCAACACGGCGAUCCUUGGUCUUACAGGUAUCUAGCCUUGGACGGCAUCACUGACUCCUGGGGAGCUCGGUUUCAUCACUUCAUUUUUGUCUCCAAUUGGAAUGUUUCAGUGCUUAAGGAAACAAAGGACUCAAAAAGACUGAACUACACCUGUG